AUGACUCCUCUACAUCCUCUCGAAGUCUCCCUCUGGUCAGACAUCCCCAAGACAGCCGAAAGCCGCACAUCGCCACCAGCCAUCAUGCCCCCAAAGCCCUACAACGCAUCCAUCACAAAGCUCGCCAAAAAGACUCCCCAGAACGACAGCGCUCGCUGCAUCAUCAGACGAAAACCCUCCGAGCCAAAACCCUUUACUACGGCAAUGUCCGCCUCCAGCGAUGUCAAGGACACCAAGUCAUUACAAUCGGAUAAGGAAAAGCCAAAGGAAGAGCAGAGCUCGAAGGGUGGAGUUUUGCACAACAUCGCCGCCGAACUUGGGUUCGAAACAUUAGCGUCGUGGUUUCUCUAA